AUGUCGUUCAUCUAUAGGAGGGCGGCGCAGAUGCUGUCGAGGUGCGCGCAGGGCGGGGGCAUCAAGGAGGUUCUGCAUGAGAAGGAGGACCCGUCGAUAAGGAAGCUCUACUUCAUCCUGCACAAGGCGCUGGAAGAUCUUGACAUCCUGAACCGCGUGUACGCCGAGCACCUGGCCAAGUGUUGCAAGAACAAGUUCCUGGGCAUCGUGCUGCUGUGCGUGCUCGUGCAGAGGAGCAAAAUCGACGGGGGGGGAAAGUUAAAAAGGGAAAUACUGAAGAGGCAGAAGGAGAUCCUCCUCCUCUACAACCGCCUGAAGGAGAAGAAGGAGAGUAGCAAACAAACUGUAAAAGGGAAGCAGCUAGCCAAAUAUUUUAUCAUUCACAACCAGGACAGGGACAGCGACGUUUUGAAGGAGCUAAAGGAAGUCCUCCCAGUGGAGGAGGACGAGGAUGUGGAAGGUCUCUACAGAAUUGAGAGCGACAAGUUAAGUACCCUCAUUGCUACCCCCACGUAUCAGCAGCAAAAUGUGAGGAUAAUAGAUAAGACCUCCUGCCUAGUUGUGCAGGCGGGACAAAUCAAACAGGGAAUGGUCAUCGUGGACGUCUGUUCAGCGCCGGGAAGCAAAGCCAUCUUCACCCUCACGCUGCUGAAGGAGAAGGGGUACCUUGUGUGCAUCGAAAAGGACAAAAAAAGAUGCCUCACCCUACUACAGGAGAUAAUGAAGCAGAAUCAGGAGUACGAAGGCAUCUACCUGGAUGACCAAUUCUCGGAGGAAAAUAAAAUAGCCCUAACGGAAAGGAGCUUCUUUGCAAAUGGUAGCGGUACUAAUGUUUACUACAUAAAGCACCGAGGGGGCGAGAUGGUCAUCAAAAUUUUUAAUGAGGAUUUUUUCCAGUUGAGUGCCGACCAGUUCGCGUCGCUCGGGAGGGUGGACGUGGUGUUCGUUGACCCCUCCUGUUCGUCCAGCGGCAUGCCCGACUUCGCGCACAAGGAGAGCCUGCGCCGUGUGUUCCUCCGGGGGGGGGAGCGCGGCAAAGACCAGCCACACGGUGAAGAGGGAGCGGUAGAUGGGCGGCACGGUGAAGAGGGAGCGGUAGAUGGGCGGCACGGCGAGGAGGGAGCAGUAGAUAGGGGGCACAGUGAAGAGGGAGCAGUAGAUAGGGGGCACAGUGAAGAGGGAGCAGUAGAUAGGGGGCACAGUGAAGAGGGAGCAGUAGAUAGGGGGCACAGUGAGGAGGCCGCGACAGAUGGACCGCCCCCCGCGCGCGACUUCCACGAUGACGUGGCGGAGGGAAGAAUCCCAAAGGUCCCUCCGCCGCUUCGGGACAAAGUGGACAGGCUGGCUGAGUUCCAAAAAAAAAUUCUGAACCACGCACUGGCGACCUUGAAGACGGCAGACACGUUUGUGUAUUCCACGUGUUCCUUCUUUGGGGAAGAAAAUGAGGAAGUUGUAGAAUCCGUGUUGCAGUCGAACCCGGGGUUUUGUCUGGAGAAGGCCGGCAAGGAGAAGUUCCUCUUUAACGGUGGGGGUGGGUGUGUCGUCUCGAGUCAGUGCGUGCGCACCUUCCCAGCGCUGCAUGCGUGCCGGGGGAUUUUCGUCUCCAAGUUGCGUCGGCGCGGUUCGUCGGAAGGGUCCCCGCCUGCCUCCAUUGUGAGCGAAGCGCCUUAG